AUGGUCGGGUUUGGAAGAAAAACGAUCCAGGCGCAGGGCCCGUCGGCGGUUGAGACGGGAGCCGCGUCCGACCCCAUCAUCACUCGUCUUGCGAAAGAAGAUAAGGUGCCAUGGUACAAGAAGCCUAAUCUCAGGGCACUCUAUUUCCUGCUCUUCCCGACAUGUAUGGGAAUCGAGAUGACAUCAGGUUUUGAUUCCCAGAUGAUCAAUGCCCUACAGAUAGUCCCUUCGUGGGAUGCAUUUUUUGGACACCCAACCGGGUCAUUGAAGGGCAUCAUUUCGGCAGCCUACUCGCUUGGUGCCAUUCUUUCUCUGCCCCUCGUCCCGAUUGUGAACGACCGCCUUGGAAGACGGUGGUCCAUCUUCUUGGGUUCCUGGGUCAUGGUGAUAGGUGCCAUAAUCCAGGGUUUCUCUGUCAACGCGCCGAUGUACAUCAUUGCUCGUAUCAUUCUCGGUUUCGGUAUCCCGACCUGUAUCGUCAGCGCCUCUGCAUUGAUUGGAGAGCUUGCUUAUCCGAGAGAGCGGCCGGUUAUGACCUCGCUGUUCAAUGUGGCCUAUUUUCCCGGCCAGAUAUUGGCCGCGGCGAUUUGCUUUGGGACUAACAACAUCCCAAGCGACUGGAGUUGGCGAAUUCCCAGUCUCCUUCAAAUGGCACCGUCUCUGCUGCAAAUUGCGCUCAUUUUUUUCAUCCCGGAAAGCCCACGGUGGCUCAUUACAAAGGACCGAAGCGAAGAAGCUUUCAACAUAUUGGCCAAGUAUCACGCAGAAGGCGACCACGAGGCUGAGUUUGUCAAGGCCGAGAUAGCGCAGAUUCAAGCCACCAUCCACAUCGAGCUCGAAGCCUCCAAGAGAUCAUGGAUGGAUCUGCUGGCGACCGCGGGUAUGCGUCGACGAACCUUGAUCAGCUGCAUGCUGGGCUUGUUCACACAGUGGUCUGGCAACACCCUGAUCUCUUACUAUCUUGGCGACCUUCUUUCCAUGAUUGGCAAGAAGGACCCUAUCUUCAAGCAACAGAUUAAUGUCUCAAUCGCCUGCUGGAGUUUGGUCUGCGGGUCAGUCGCUGCAUUCUGCGUUACCCGCUUCAAGCGAAGGGCAAUGUAUCUUGUGUGCACUGUAAGUCUGUUAAUCGUGUACAUCUCCUGGACAAUCAGCAUGGAGAGAGCCAUGAAAGCCUUGGAGGACAAAGUACCCAACUCCGCAGCUAGUGGGGCAACUCUCUUCUUCAUAUACGCGUACACGCCAUGUUAUAACAUCGGAUACAACGCGUUGACGUACACUUAUCUUGUCGAGCUUUGGCCAUACAUGGAACGCUCCCGUGGCAUUGCUUUCUUCCAACUCUUCGGGCGGUUAUCUGGCUUCUUCACCACGUUUGUCAACCCCAUUGGCUUGCAGAAUGUUGGAUGGAAAUACCUCAUCUCCUAUUGUUGCUUCCUGGCAUUUGAGAUCUGUUUCGUGUAUUUCUUCUUCCCUGAGACGUUCGGAAGAACGCUGGAGGAGCUGGCCUUCUUGUUCGAAGAUAAGGCACUGGCCGACGAAGCUGUGCAUGCCGUCGAGAAGUCUAUUGCACACCAUGAGGAGAAGGGCAAGGACACCGUACCGACUCAAACAAAGGAGGUCUAA